AGGUAAGUGACUCCUCCACGACCAGUCAUAAGAUGGGACACGUACGAUAUUUAUAAAAGGGGGCGUAGCUUCCAGCUGCGAUCUAGCCUGCGGUUGUGCCAUUCCCUGCUCCGCCGGUACAGCUCUUCAUCGACGGCGGCCACAUCGAUUUAUUUCCGACUACUGUCUCCACGUCUGUGGUUGUCAACGAGAUUUAGGGGACUAACUUGACCUCUGUAGAAAUUCCCCAGCCGCAAGUGCAAGAUCUCCAACCCAUGGGAGAGAUACCGUUUACAGAUCAGCGCAACGUACACAACAUGGAUGAAGAAGCUCAUCUCCGACAGGGUCGGGGACGGUUCAGUAUCAUGAUGUACUACCCAGACGGCAGAAACACCGAGGUACGUUUCAGAACAAUAACCUUCCCUCCAUUUCGCUCUGUGUUGAACCCCCCACUGACAAAGGACUUCACCUUCCGUCAAAUCCAGCCAGAAACCAGAGAAUGGCGCCCCGAGCGCCGCGCCGCCCGACGCCGCCCUCCUCCCGUCGCGCGCCCAGGCGAGGGGAGGCGACCAGGAGUACGGCGGGCCUGGCCCGUAUUCGAGAUCCACGCCGAGGACCCGCUGUGCCACCACCACCUGCCGGCGUCGUGGGAGGUGGAGGACAUGAAUAACCGGGUGCUGCCGCCGGCGUGCACGUUUUGCCGGUCGAGGGCGUACGCCGUGUAUUUUCGGUGCCGGACGUGCGGGAUCGUGGCGUGUAGUAUGCACAAUAGUGUGCGGUUCGGGUUGACGUGGGCGGUGGCGGUCAGGGUGAGGGAUGGGUUGAGGAAUCGGGUCUGGUUUGAGCCGAGAGGGAGGAGGGGAGAUGAGGAUAGGAGAGGUGAGUUGUUUUGUUUCGUUUUUUUUUUUCUGAGCAGUGGAGAUCUAUAUUUGCUGGGGGUUUUGUUUAACUUUUUCUAGUAGGGUGGUUUCGACAGGCGUUUGGGGGGAGAUGAUGCAGACGUGUCUCCGCGGGAAUGUUUUGCUUUCUUGCUGCGUUUGGAGCGAGAGGAGAUAGGGGCUGGUCACUCGCAGGGUAUCAACAGUGCAAAAUGGAGGAAGUAGCUGACUGGUGGGAUCUCGAGGGAAAGAAACUAGGUUUUAGUUAUUCGAGACUCGUGAAAGUGAAAGUGUUGUGAAAGGAGAUUGCGAUGCUCAUCGCAACGGCCAUGUUCUUGGUCUAGGCAUGUACAGUCUAUCAAGGGUAGGAUUUUAAUACAAGACAAGCUUUUUGAGAACUUAUGCUUAUUUGCAUAGAUAUUUACAACCGCCUUCUUACCGAUGAGAAAUUUCACUUGUAAGAGUGAUAUGAGUUGCGUGACCUGAUAGCCUCAUAGAAUGGGGUAGAAAGAGAGACGAAGG